AUGGUUGCCGGUUCUGCCAAGAAUCAUGCAGGCAGUGGACAUCAUUCAGAGCACGGGCACCAUGCCGGAAAAGCGGCAGCUGCUUAUCCAGAUCGUUUUCCUAACGCCUGUGAAUUUCGUAUACCUGAUUGGCGUUCAUACAAAGUAGAUGGCAUACCUGAAUUAGAAAAACAUCGUUCAGUCUUAUCGAAUAAAGGAUUGCGUGAUCCUUGGAUUCGAAACCAAGCCUGGUUAUAUGAUCCAAAAGCUGGUGCUUAUCCUCAAUGGCGUGUUUCGAUGCGUACAGCUUUCUUUGGUUUCCGUUAUGCGCUCGUUGCUUUGGCUACUUGUUUCAUAACAGAAAAGAUUCUUGAGAAAGCUUUUCCACCAUUUCACGAACACAUCCACCUAUAUAAUCCCGAUAAACCUCAUUCACACGAUGACCACGGCCAUCAUUAG